AUGAGCAGGGGACUGGAGCGGAGCAGCGCCUGCGUCAGAUCCCAUGCCCUAGCCCCGGAAGAUGGGAACUGCCUCAAAUCACCCACCUCGGAUGACAUCUCCCUGCUUCAAGAGUCUCAGUCAGACCGGGCUAGCUUUGGUGAGGGCACGGAGCCGGAUCAGGAGCCGCCGCCGCCAUAUCAGGAACAAGUUCCAGUUCCAGUCUAUCAUCCUACACCUAGCCAGACUCGGCUAGCAACCCAACUAACAGAAGAGGAACAAAUUAGGAUAGUUCAAAGAAUAGGCCUUAUACAGCAUCUGCCGAAAGGUGUUUAUGACCCUGGAAGAGAUGGAUCAGAAAAAAAGAUCUGGGAGUGUGUGAUCUGUAUGAUGAACUUUGUUUAUGGGGACACAAUUCGAUUUCUGCCGUGCAUGCACAUCUAUCACCUGGACUGUAUAGAUGACUGGUUGAUGAGCUCCUUCAUGUGCCCCUUCUGCAUGGAGCCAGUUGAUGCAGCACUGCUUUCGUCCUAUGAGACUAAUUGAGCCAGGGUCUCUCAUCUGACACUUCAAGUGAACCAUCAUUUCUGGUGGUUUUGAUCUUUUGUCACUGAGCCCAAAGAGCCAGGGAUUAGGAAUUAAGAUCAUGCACAAAAAUGCCCUUUAAAAAUUCCUGAAUGGCUGCAGAUAUUGGGGAAAGUACGUGAUAUUUUAGAAACUUAGGGGGAAAGUAGGACGGUAUUUUUAUGUAAAGCCUUGACCCAGUGUUUAAAAAAUAUAAUUGUAUUUAGAUCCUGUUGUUGCUCCAAUACAUAGGAAUUGUGUGACGUGUUACAGCAGCUGUAGAUGUUUAAUUGUGUGUGUUGAAAGAUUUUAUUAGGAAAAAGAUAGUGGUUAUUUUUCCUAAAUGAACUUUCUUCCCCCUUUUUCCUACCCAAAUUCUUUUCUGAAGUUGCUGGCAUAUGGGUCAAGGUUUUAUUAAAAGCUACAUGUUACAACACUGGCACA